AUGAGCUCAGGUCCAUUCGAAAAUGAUCAGGACGGGCCGAGUAAAGAAAGGGAAACUUUGAUCGAAAAUACAAAUGACAUUGUAGGAGGAAGAACGGAUGAAGGCGGAAUUGGGCAAAGUGUGAAAGAUGAACAGCUGAGUCAACCGAUAGAGGCAGAAUCUGCUCCCGUAAAACAUACCGCCGUCUCACUACAAGAAGGAGAGUCAGCAAUACUACCACAAGAUGCCACAAUUCCAUCCAGUGCGGACCUUGUCAGGACUGCCUCAGCCACCUCUGCGGGACAAGAUGAUGGUCAAAGUGCAUCAAAUGGAGCUCCAUCUGUGCCAAUCUCUUCUCCGGGACUUGCGUCUGCAAAUGCUGUGAAAAAGUUCAAUUCGUUAAGCGUUGCAAAACAAUUCUUACAAAAAGCUUCACCCACUCUCGGUAAUGCAGCAGCAGCUCCAAUCGCUUCUACAAAAGCUGCUUCAGGCAUACAGUCUGGUCAAUCGCUUAGCAGUAGCAGUAGGCUCUCAUCAAUGGUACCUGCUUCUCGUCUCACAUCCGCCAAAUUGACAACCUCUUCAAAACCUGCCGGAACAGGAUGGGCCCAAGUAUCAUCACCAGCAAGCACGCCUCGCACAGCUGCUGAAACACCUUCUGGUGCAAGUGCGGGUAGUGCUAAUGCAGCUUCUACUGCACCUGCUCAAUCGACAUCAGGACAAGAAAGUGCCGCUUCGCCAGCUACAACCCCAGCCGCCGCUCCUCAUUCUAGUGUUCCAGCAUCGGUAAAUGCUCCUUCGCCCGCAGCGCCUUCACCAAGACUUGUCACUGCGCUAUCAGCAAGAUCUACUUCACCUCAUGUUCGAAAUGUUGAUGGAAGUAAGGGAAGUCCUGGUUUGAAGAAUGCCGCGAUUGCUGGUUCAGGCAGAUCGGCCAGUCCAUCGGUGAAUAAUGCAACAGGCAGUGUAUCUCGAGCUCCAUGGGCAGCUGUAAAGACUGAUACAAAGGCACCAGCAAAGGGUAUAGGCAGACGAUCCGAUUUCCCUACAGCUGCUGAAGCUGCACAGGCAAAGUUAGAAGCAGAAAAGAAGGAAAAGGCAGCAGCAGCAGAAGCAGCUCUAAAAGCUGAACAAGCUUUACAAAAUUUGGAAAAGUUUAGAGGUACAGGCUUGGGCACGCAUUGGGAUGAGAUGGAUGACGAUGAUUUCGGAGAGGGAGAGUUACAAUUUGGUGACGGUUCUUCUUACAGAGUUCCUGCACAACAAGUGGAGAAGCAGAUUACUAAAGAAGAGCGAUUCCGUGAUGUUGGACACGAUCGUAGCUGGCCAGGACAAAAUGCCCCAUCGCAACCAGGACAGAGAAGUACGCCUCCUGUCAAACCUCCGCAACAGCCAGAACGUACGAAGCCUCACAAAGUUGAAACUGUUGCAGUGCGAAGUGGAGAAGGUAUCUCACUUGAUGCACCAUCAACUAUCGAUCGAGGACCAUCCUUCUAUGGAGGAGGAGGCCAUCAGAAAGAGAGAAGAUCUUCAUUUUUGGGGCGAUCCAGAGAACCUCGAGAGGAUCAUGGUCAUUCUUCCGCCUCUCAUGCAGCUCCACCUGUGGCUCAAGUGAGAGCUUGGGGUCCUUUGGCGCAAAGGCAAGCCUCACUAAAUCCAGAUGCACCGAAACCUGCUCCAGCUGUGCCAGCGGCUAUUCAAUCACCUCCGACCUCUUCGACAGGCGGAAAGGAAGCAAUACCACAAGAUGCAAAUGUGGGCGACAAAGUGUCACACGAACGUUCGAGAAAACCAGCACAUACCCAGCCGGCUUCGAUUGUAUCGCCGCCAACACGACCAAUCACAGAUGGAAGAGCGUUGCCGCCUCAUCUAGCGCUCAAUCGACAAUCUCAACCUUCUCAACAACCUCUGCAUCGCCACAGUGAGUUGGGUACGGUCGAGAGACCGGAUUGGCAAACAGCCGUUCCUCGUCAAAUAGAAGAGGAAGCACAGCCCAAAGAGGUCAUUGCACGACCCUAUGGAUCUUUUGUCGCUUCUUCACGACAAAGUCAUCCACAGGCCAAAUCUAAUACGUCAUCAGGCCGGCCAGAAAGCUCUCGCCGUAAAGAAUCUUUCAGUACAGCCGAAUCAGCUGAAGAUCGUGCAUCAGCAUUAGAACGAGCACGAAAACGCAAAGAAGCAGAAGAAGCAGAACGAACAAAAGAACGUGAAAGAGCAUUAGCGAAAGCUGCUGCUAUUGAAGCAAAGAUGCGAGAAGCGGAGGAAGCAGAGAAAGAGAAGAAGCGUGCGGCUGAGGAAGAACGUCAAAGAAUUCAACGGGAAGCACAGAAAGCUGAAGAAGCAAAGAGGGAAGCAGAAUUACAAACACGCAACAAAGCUGCUCGUGAUAGUAAUGUUCCCCCAAGAGGUCCUCGCAAUCGUACCUCGUUCUCUGGUGGAGAUGUUCCACCUCACACUGCUUUACAAGUGUCUACGUCAUCAAAUGUUCCGGGCUCAUCACUUCUCUCUCCUAGUGACGAAGCUGUUUCGUGGAGAAGAGCUCCAAAGAUUCCAUUGCAAACCGCUGCACCGGGCAUGACGGAAGAGACGAACGUCAGAGGAGACCAUCGUAAGCAGGAAGUGCAACCUCACAAGGUUCUUUUACGCAGGCCGGACGGGCAGCUUAAUGAAGAUUCAGAUAGAGCCAAAGCUGCAGGAAAGCGAGAGCAAGACAAUGAGAGAGUGGACAAGACUGUCGGCACUGCUAGUCGUGACGGACGACGCUCAGAACGAUCACGUGUAGAAAUCAUUGCACCGACUGAUGAAGGAGCAACGAAGCACAUGCGUGCUCAACAGGAACGAGAACGUGAAGCCAGACAAAACAAGGAUGGAAUCGCAAGAGUGCCUGUCGGUGUACUGAAACCUGCCACUGCAAUGGAGGUAGAGAUGAAUCGACAAAAAGCUCAACGUGUUCCAGUCUUACCUGAGCCAGAGCAAACAAGGACAGAAGUUCCGUUUGAUGGAGCUCCCGUAUGGAACAAAUUCCAAGUACGUGUCGGAAAGCGAACUGAGAAACCCAAAUCUCGUUUGAGCAGAGAUGAGUUCAAAGCGCAACAAGAUCGAAUCGCAAAAGCAAAAGAUCAGUCCGAUCGAUAUGCACCAAAACCUGUAUCAAUCUUGUCCUGGUCUCCACCGAUUGUGGACCUUUCUGCGCGAACGCUUUCUCGUGAUGAUCAAUUCUUCCCAAAGAAGUAUCGCAAAGGCGUAAGGAUUGCCAAUGUUAUCAUGCCUCGUGCAUCGAUCAGUGAAUUGGCCGAAGAGAAUGCGAAAAAGAGGGAAAUAGAUCAAGCAAAUGCUGUAAAAGCAUCAAAACCUGUCGAUUCGCAAAGCUUCAAUGCAGGAAUACCCGGAGUUGCAUCAACAGCUUCAAAGCCAGCAGUACGAGUUCCCGCUGUUUCAUCCAUUCCUUCGGCUGAUGUCAAUCCAGCUAUCGAUUCGUUCGACAAUCGUAACGCUAUACCUACAGGUCCACGUUCGCAACAACGCAAUCGUGAUGUGAAUGGGGCGGUAGGAUUCGCACGCUCAGAUAUUGCUAGAGAGGCUGCAACGCCAUCGCCUGUUAGCUUUACAGUGCAAAGUGAAGUGGAUGCACCGAUUAAUGUUCCAUCUGUUAUGCUAGGCAACAACAAUCUUGUCACAAAGAAGUCUGCUUCUACUUCAACUUGGGGCGAAAAUUCGCUAACAUUUGCCGGAUUGGAUUCGAGCGGAAAUGGUGACGGGGCAAGCAGUCUUAUCCAAAAUGAUUCAGUCGAUGCGGAAAAUGAACGAAAUCGAAUCAAGGACGUUUGGGGAUCUCUGCCUUCCGAUCCUGCCAAUGAGCAAAGCAAACCAACACAAAAUUCACUAAAGGAUAUCGUGGAUGAUCUGCCUUCCGCAAUUUCAAUGAGUGUGGAUGAAUUACGUGCGGAUGAUAUGUCAUCUCAAAAUGCAGAAGGUGCUCAUCCGACGCAUACACGGUUAUACACCCCAAUGGUGGAUGGAAACCGAGGAACAGCAGCUGCUGGCAACAACGUUGCACGGGUUGGCACGAACGGAGGGGCGUUGAAUGACGUUGCUGUCAUGACUGCAGCUUCUUCUCCAGUCAAUGUUGCAAGUCCAUCCCAAAGUAGCCAUCUAUUUGGCGGGGAUGACGUUGGUCGUCGUGCAAACCUGCAUCAUCAGAUCGGGAGAGCAAGAAGUCAGUCACCUUCAUCGAUGCGCUACUCGUCUUCCACUGCCACAACCAAUUCUAACUCCAAUCAUCUCUUGGGUAUGACUUCACCAUCUUCCAAUACUACCAUGACAAGUGCAGGUGUUGGUCAUCAUCAGAGGAAUAUGUUUGUUCAACAGGAGAGAGGUGGAGCAACAGCGGCCUUCGGUCCAUAUGCUUAUCCUAGCAAGACUGGUUACUCUUCCGGUAUGCUUUCCACGCCUUCUCAACAACAGCAGCAGCAGCAAUAUUCAGCGUAUGGCUCAGGCCAAGGCGGAUUUAAUGCUCAGAGCAAUUAUGGCACAGCAGACUAUGGUUUGGGAUACGGGAACAACGCUUACGGGUAUAAUUCUCGUGGAUAUCGUGGAAAUCCCGCCAAUCCGGCAGCUUCUGCAAUGGGCGGACAAAAUGCACUUCAAGGCUAUGAUUCAUUUGGCAAUACGGCCAAUGAAGCUGCUUUCAAUGCUUUUGAUAGUCGUGGAACCUACCCAAAUACCAGUAUGCUAGCUGGAAGCGGAGGUGAAAUGAGCGGUAAUGAAACAUCUGCAUCGAAUUUCGGCAGCAUUGAAGGAAUGGAAGAUGGUUCCAGUGGGAUGACUACAACAGCUUCCACAGCAGGAUGGCCAUUAGACUCUCCCGCAGGAUCUUAUAUGGGAUCAAACUACUCUACCCAACCGAAUGCCUACUUUACCGGUUUCAAUUCCGGUUCUCCUGCGACAGGUGCUUCAGGCUACGGUGGUUUCGGACAACAACCUUCACAGGGAAUGGGUUCAUCCUAUGGCCGAUCUGCUUCACAGCGCAAUGGAUUCAUUUCAGGUACUGGAACGUAUAGGGGAUCAGGCGGUAGUAUGAUGGCCAAUGGAUAUUCGAAUAAUGGUGUUGGCGGUCAAUGGGGAACGAGAGGUGCACGUACCUACGGAACAAAUCCGACCGAUCUGACCGCAAGUACGACGAAUUUGUAUCAAGCUCCUCAAAUUUAUCAAACGGGUGGAAAUAAAGGUUUUGAUAAUAAUCGUUUGCCUGCAGGAACAAGCUUGCAAGCAACUGCUAAACCGUUUCAACUCGGAGGCAAUCCAACCGCAGGUAGCGGAAUGACAAAUAGGGGCAGAGGAGCCGGAGGCGGUGCUUCUCGCUAUCAACAAGGCUAUCCAAGGGUUGCGUCUGGUGGCAGUGAAAUGGAGGCUGAAGGCGUUCAACAACAGUACACAAACGAAUACGGCGAUGCAUACAAUAACAAUAAUGGUCAAUGGUGA